AUGAACCUUUUUGGAGAAACUGAGUUUGUUUGCAGUGCCACAGGGACUACUAAAGAUGUAGCAGAAGAAUCCGUAUCAGAUGACGACAAAAGGAGGAACUAUGGUGGCGUGUACGUUGGCCUGCCGUCGGAUGCUGCUGCCAUGGUUUCCAGUCAGACGAAAGCCGCACCAAAAG